CCAGCGAGGAGUGAAGCUGAGCCUGGCCUCACACGCUCCUAGACGACCACCUCCUGAGAGAGUUCUUUCACCCCCUCUUCUUUCUCCAAGCUCCCCUCCUGCUCUCCCUCCCUGCCCAAUACAAUGCAUUCUUGAGUGGCAGCGUCUGGACUCCAGGCAGCCCCAGAGAACCGAAGCAAGCCAAAGAGAGAGGACUGGAGCCAAGACACUGGUGGGGGAGACUGGAUGCCUGGCUUUCUUUGAGGACAUCUUUGGAGCGAGGGUGGCUUUGGGGUGGGGGCUUGUGCUGCAGGGAAUACAGCCAGGCCCCAAGAUGGACACUUCUGGGCACUUCCAUGACUCGGGGGUGGGGGACCUGGAUGAAGACCCCAAGUGCCCCUGUCCAUCCUCUGGGGAUGAGCAGCAGCAGCAGCAGCAGCAACAGCAGCAGCAGCCACCACCGCCAGCGCCACCAGCAGCCCCCCAGCAGCCCCUGGGACCCUCGCUGCAGCCUCAGCCUCCGCAGCUUCAGCAGCAGCAGCAGCAGCAGCCACCGCAUCCCCUGUCUCAGCUCGCCCAACUCCAGAGCCAGCCUGUCCACCCUGGCCUGCUGCACUCCUCUCCCACCGCUUUCAGGCCCCCCCCUUCGUCCAACUCCACCGCCAUCCUCCACCCUUCCUCCAGGCAAGGCAGCCAGCUCAAUCUCAAUGACCACUUGCUUGGCCACUCUCCAAGUUCCACAGCUACAAGUGGGCCUGGCGGGGGCAGCCGGCACCGGCAGGCCAGCCCCCUGGUGCACCGGCGGGACAGCAACCCCUUCACGGAGAUCGCCAUGAGCUCCUGCAAGUAUAGCGGUGGGGUCAUGAAGCCCCUCAGCCGCCUCAGUGCCUCCCGGAGGAACCUCAUCGAGGCUGAGACUGAGGGCCAACCCCUCCAGCUUUUCAGCCCUAGCAACCCCCCGGAGAUCGUCAUCUCCUCCCGGGAGGACAACCAUGCCCACCAGACCCUGCUCCAUCACCCUAAUGCCACCCACAACCACCAGCAUGCCGGCACCACCGCCAGCAGCACCACCUUCCCCAAAGCCAACAAGCGGAAAAACCAAAACAUUGGCUAUAAGCUGGGACACAGGAGGGCCCUGUUUGAAAAGAGAAAGCGACUGAGUGACUAUGCUCUGAUUUUUGGGAUGUUUGGAAUUGUUGUUAUGGUGAUAGAGACCGAGCUCUCCUGGGGUUUGUACUCAAAGGACUCCAUGUUUUCGUUGGCCCUGAAAUGCCUUAUCAGUCUGUCCACCAUCAUCCUUUUGGGCUUGAUCAUCGCCUACCACACACGUGAAGUCCAGCUCUUCGUGAUCGACAAUGGCGCGGAUGACUGGCGGAUAGCCAUGACCUACGAGCGCAUCCUCUACAUCAGCCUGGAGAUGCUGGUGUGCGCCAUCCACCCCAUUCCUGGCGAGUACAAGUUCUUCUGGACGGCACGCCUGGCCUUCUCCUACACACCCUCCCGGGCGGAGGCCGAUGUGGACAUCAUCCUGUCUAUCCCCAUGUUCCUGCGCCUGUACCUGAUCGCCCGAGUCAUGCUGCUGCACAGCAAGCUCUUCACCGAUGCCUCGUCCCGCAGCAUCGGGGCCCUCAACAAGAUCAACUUCAACACCCGCUUUGUCAUGAAGACGCUCAUGACCAUCUGCCCUGGCACUGUGCUGCUCGUGUUCAGCAUCUCUCUGUGGAUCAUUGCUGCCUGGACCGUCCGUGUCUGUGAAAGGUACCAUGACCAGCAGGACGUAACUAGUAACUUUCUGGGUGCCAUGUGGCUCAUCUCCAUCACAUUCCUUUCCAUUGGUUAUGGGGACAUGGUGCCCCACACAUACUGUGGGAAAGGUGUCUGUCUCCUCACUGGCAUCAUGGGUGCAGGCUGCACUGCCCUUGUGGUGGCCGUGGUGGCCCGAAAGCUGGAACUCACCAAAGCGGAGAAGCACGUUCAUAACUUCAUGAUGGACACUCAGCUCACCAAGCGGAUCAAGAAUGCUGCAGCCAAUGUCCUUCGGGAAACAUGGUUAAUCUAUAAACACACAAAGCUGCUAAAGAAGAUUGACCAUGCCAAAGUGAGGAAACACCAGAGGAAGUUCCUCCAAGCUAUCCACCAGCUGAGGAGCGUCAAGAUGGAACAGAGGAAGCUAAGUGACCAAGCCAACACCCUGGUGGACCUUUCCAAGAUGCAGAAUGUCAUGUAUGACUUAAUCACAGAACUCAAUGACCGGAGCGAAGACCUGGAGAAGCAGAUUGGCAGCCUGGAGUCGAAGCUGGAGCAUCUCACCGCCAGCUUCAACUCCCUGCCGCUGCUCAUCGCCGACACCCUGCGCCAGCAGCAGCAGCAGCUCCUGUCUGCCAUCAUCGAGGCCCGGGGUGUCAGCGUGGCAGUGGGCACCACCCACACCCCAAUCUCCGAUAGCCCCAUUGGGGUCAGCUCCACCUCCUUCCCGACCCCGUACACAAGUUCAAGCAGUUGCUAAAUAAAUCUCCCCACUCCAGAAGCAUUACCCAUAGGUCUUAAGAUGCAAAUCAACUCUCUCCUGGUCACUUUGCCAUCAAGGAACAUUCAGACCAGGGAACGGAAAGAAGAGAGACCGAGCUAAUUAACUAACUCAUGUUCAUUCAGCGUGCUUGGUCCGACAUGCCUUGAAACCAGAAAUCUAAUCUCUGUUUAGGUGCCUCUACUUGGGAGCGGGAAGAGGAGAUGACAGGAAGCGACGCCUCUGGCAGGGCCCUUGCUGCAGAGUUGGUGGAGAACAGAAAUCCACGCUCAAUCUCAGGUCUUCACGCGGGGGGUGGGGGUCAGAUGCACUGAAGUAGCCAACAGCGAAGCCAGUCCAGAAGAGGGGUCCACUGGGAGGAAGGGUCGUGUCAGGCUUGGGGGAUGGGCUCUUCGCCAUGGAGGUCUUUGAACACACCUCUCUCCUUUCCUUUUGUCUACGGAAGCCUCUGGGUGACAAAAGUAAAAGAGAGCUGCCCACAACUUGCCAAAACAGAUAUACCCAAAUCAGACUGA